AUGGCACCGAAGCGCCCGGCGGCGGCGGCCUCGGGGUCGGCGUCCGAGGCAUCCGACGCGGAGGCGGAUGUGGCCCACCACCAGCCGUCCUCCCCGUCCCCGUCCAAGACGCCGCCGCCCAACCCUAACGCUAAGUCCGCCGCCGCCGGCCCCACCUCGGCGGCGGAGGACUCCACCGCGGCCGGAUCCGACUCCGAGGCCGCCUACGAUUCUGACGCGGACCACCGCCCCCCACCCCGGAAGGCGGCGGCAGCGUCGUCGCCCUCGCGCAAGCCCAGGAGCCCCAGGCCGCGCUCCCGCUCCCCGGACGCCGCCUCGUACUCCAACGUCGCGGCAUCAGACGCCGACGCCGACGCCGACCUCGCCGCCGGAGACAGCGCCGACUCCGCCGACGACGACAACGCCUCCCCGCUCGCGCUCCGGCCCCCGCGCCCGUCCCGCGCCGAGGCUGCCGCCAUCAAGCCCCUCAGCUCGCGCCCCAUGGAUCCGCCGCGCCGCUCCAUGGUACCCUCUUUCUCCGAGCCGCGCUCAAAGCGCCCCCGCAGCGUCGCCGUCCCGUCAUCCGUGGAGCAGCUCAAGAGGCAGACGCGGCUCUGGAGCCUCCGAGACGAGAUCGUCAUCCUGCGGGGCUUGGCCACGUACCGCGCCAAGCGUGGCGUCCUCCCCGGCUCCAUGUAUGACAUUUCUAAGCUCCACGGCCACAUCCAGAGCGAGCUCAGUGUUAAGGUAACCCCUACGCAGCUCAGUGACAAGGUACGGCGUCUCAAGCAGAAGUACAACCUGCUUUCGUCCCGUGGCAAGAACGGGCGGGAUCCAGGCUUCCCCACCCAGCACGAACAGAGUGUUUAUGAGAUUAGCAAGAAGGUUUGGGGAGCAAGUGCUAAUGGUGGAGGAAGUACCGGUGGUGAUGGGUAUGAGAUUGGUGGUGGUGGUGAUGGUGACAGUGAAGAGGAGCACGAGAUUGCAGAGACUGAUGAGGAUGUGGAUAGUGGGUGGGAUGAACGCCUGCACAAGAACAGGAGGGUUAUGCCAAUCGAUAUGGCAAAUGGAAACGGGGCUGGGUUUGGGGCUGUGAAUGCCAAUAGAAGAGGGAAGUUUGAUAUUGAGAAGGGAAAGGAUGCUUAUCCAUACCUUUGGGAGACUGUAGAGGAUCUGUCAAAGGAGCACCCGAAUGGGGUAGCAUUCAAGAAGGCCUUUGAGUUGAUCGAAGGCCCCAAAGCGCGUGGGAUGGAGGAAAAGCUGCGAAAAUUCAGGCUCACAGAGAUCAGACACCAGCUGCGCCGUAUGGAACUGAUGAAGGAGACAGUCAAGAUGGUGCUUGAUGCGCUGGAGGGUUGA